UCGUUGAGUCCGCAACAUCCCGACUGGCCGAGGCUGGUGAUCGUAAGGAGCGGUAGCGACAAAAGCCCCCACAAGACGGAUGAAUUAGAAAACCACGGCCAGCCCUCUUUUCUUCCAUUUAUUCCUAUAGAGAAGAGUCGGGCUGUAAACACUGCUGCUCAUCUUGACAGUGUGAAGCGGAUACAAGGCUUCCAGUGUGCAGAUCCACCAUGGGGAUCAAGGCUGCCCUCCCCAGAUAUGAGCUGUAUCUCUACAGAGCCGUUCUCGUCGGGGCCUUGAUAUGGGCAGGCAGUUGGAUACUCGAAGCUUCAAGUGAGAAUGUAAGCAGAAAGGCCUUCAAGGAAAGCGUGAAACCAGGAUGGCAUUACUUUGGCAGGAAAAUGGAUGUUGCGGACUUUGAGUGGAUGAUGUGGUUCUCUACUUUCCGUAACCACAUCCUUUUUGCUCUCACCGGUCACGUUAUCUUUGCCAAGAUAUUCACCCUGAUAGCUCCAAAGCACAGAUCCUUGAUCUUUGGUGUGUACGGGGGUUUGGCGGUCCUGGUGACGAUGGGCUGGACCUUCAUGGCUCUGGUUCUGUCUCACUGCAUCAUCCUCUACAGUGUCGCUCUGGUCAAGAGCAAGUGGUUGAGCUUUGCGGCCGGCCUGGCCACGCUAGCCUCCAUCAAGCUGGAGCCUUAUAACUCCUGGCAGGAAUCCUUAGUGACCGGCUCCUUUGACCUGCAAGACAUCCUGUUUUACGGAGGCUGUGGCUUCAGCAUCAUGCGCUGUAUGAGCUUCGCUUUAGAGAACUGUGAGAAGAAGGACGGAAACUACACUUUCUGUGACCUGCUGAAAUACAACUUCUACCUCCCCUUCUUCUUCUUUGGACCCAUCAUGACCUUCGAUAAGUAUCAUGUCCAGGCGAACAACACCCAGCUGACCCGUAAGGAGAGAGAGAUGUGGAACAUCACCACCAAGGCUUUGUUGCAUCUUGGAGGGAUUCUGGUGGUCGACGUCUUCUUCCACUACCUCUACAUCCUGACAAUCCCCACUGACAUGAAGCUGGUUUCCAAGCUGUCCGACUGGUGUCUGGCUGGUCUGGCUUAUUCCAACCUGGUGUAUGACUGGGUGAAAGCAGCCUUGAUGUUUGGAGUCAUCAACACCGUGUCUACACUGGACCACCUGGACCCUCCUCAGCCCCCCAAGUGUAUCACCAAGCUCUAUGUCUUUGCUGAAACGCACUUUGACAGAGGCAUCAACGACUGGCUGUGCAAGUAUGUUUAUGACUUCAUCGGUGGGGACCACGAUAAAAUCUUUAAGGAGCUCCUGGCAACCAUCUGCACCUUCACCAUCACCACUCUGUGGCUGGGCCCGUGUCAGCUGGUCUAUAUCUGGUCCUUCUUCAACUGCUUCGGCCUCAACUUUGAGUUGUGGGUCGCCAAGUUCUUCUCCCUCCCUCCAUUUUCUACCAUAGAGGGUGCAAUGGGUGAAGCCAUGUCGCGCAGGAUCCGAGGUGUGUUCAAUGCGGCCAACUUCUGGACCAUUGUCCUCUACAAUGUUCUCGCUCUGAACAGUUUGGAGUUUGCCAAACUGGUGGGAAGACGGCUGAUUUUCAAAGGUUUCCCUCUGUCCACCCUCUCAGUGUUACUCGUGACCUACUGUGGUGUGCAGGUGGUGAAGGAGAGUGAGAGACAACAAGCCCUGCUGGAGGAGCCGGAGCCCGUGAAGCCAGAAGACGGAGGCAAAGAAAAAGCCGAGUAAACAGACAGAGAAAGCGGACUUUCACUGACUUCACGGUCGACAGCCCCCCCCCUCACAUUGCUCCGUCCUCGGCCUUGCGAACCACACCGAAUCUGACUGUAACAUUCAGUCGACAUCUAUAAUGUUCACAAGCCUGUUUUUGCUUUUGUUUGUCAGAAGCGAGGCAAUGUUUUGAACUGUGAAAAGAAAUCCUCAAGUGCACUUGCUGUAGAUAAUCGCCACGUCCUUUGGCACAAACCAACCGAAUGUGCAUUUUGUAUUUUAUCUCAACUAAAGAUUGUUUAACUAAAGGAAGGCCUGCCUAAUAUGAAUGAGGCUAAACAUAAAAGUAAAUUUAAGGACAUGCAGUAUUGUAAAGGAACAACUACUUAGCUCUGUGUGGUUGUUUCCUGUGAUCAGUUUCAGUUUUUUCUUAGACCCUUUUUUUAAAAUCAUAUUCUGAGUGACAGGAUUUUUCUUCUGUCAGACAGUGUCUUAAUUUGCCAUACACACAUUACAUCCCAAUCUACA